CGGCAACUGGUGUGGCUGAAAUAGCCGAAUCCAGUAAUUUGAAGGAGUGUCCACAUACUUUUGUAUAUAUAGUGUAUGUAUUUGGACUGAAAUGUCACUGAUCCGUACUUGACCUGUUUGCUUGUGAAACUACUACUCUAACUCUGCUUGGUGUGCUGCAUACAGCUCCAUGCAGAUCAAGUCCCCAUCUGACGACUCCUUUAUUCCACCUGUUUUAUAUUUUGCUGUAUUUGGCAUCUUUAACAAUAUCUAAGGGGGAUGAAAAAUGGUCUACUGCCAUUCAUCUAGAAGAAAAAGAAACGCACAUCUAUUAAGACGAGGUGCUGGCUAGUGGAGUAGAAACUUGAAAAUAAAAGAGAGCCGCACACUAGGAGCUCAGAUGCAAAAAUUUUAAUACCAACGUUUCGACAGCCAAGCUGUCUUCAUCAGGGUGUAAUAAUUCAUGACACAGCAGUGACAUCUUGUGGAUAAAUUGAUUACAAUAUUUAAUAUAGUACACAUUUUCUCUCAGGUGGUUGAAAAUGGCAUCUUUACAGACAAUACCACUUACAAAUACAUUUUUUUCCAGAAUAUCUACUCAAAGGUUAAAAAAUAAAUACAUAAAUAUGAAACUGUUGCCAGGGAAUUUCGAGUCAUGGUGUCCACUAAAAAUAGUUUCACCUUGCAACAUUGCAUAGUCUGGCAGUCCAAACAGUGCCUGGUCAAAUAUCCCUGUCCAGUGUCCACUCCACACUGUGCUGGUUGGGGGAGGAACUCGACCACUUUUCCCCUGCUCCUACUUCUCUCCUUGUGCCUGUAUCUAUCUCCCUGGAAAAUGAAAUAUGCUAAUAACAGAGAUAUGAAGCACCCUCUAGUAAGGAUGAGAAACGUUCAUUCCCAGUCCUCUCUGGGGAGUGACACCGACUCGCAGCCUGUCCUGAAAGAAGAGGAGGAAGAGGAGAAGGUAACACUAGAGGAGGAGAAAGAGACGGAAGAGGAGAAAGAAGGGGACGUAUUGACGGACUCAGAGCUGGAUCCUGAGUUGCCUGAGGAGUAUUCCCAUGGCCUGGAGGACCUGAGGUGGAACCUGAGCUCUCUAGAGAAGGCUGUAUAUCUCAGCCUGCCACCGUGGGUCCAGAGAGCAUUGCUGUGCAACCUCAUGGCUAAAUGUGGUGUAAACAACUCAUUCUUCCCAGCCCGUCUGCUGUCCUACCUGCUGCUGCCCUACAUACUGCCAGCCUCUAUCUUUCUCCAUGUCAACUACAGGGUUCUGUGUUGGCUCCGCCAAGUCCCAGGGAAGUGGCUGUGGCCGGGUGUGGAAAUGGCUGUGCCAUUCCUUCUAAAGCUCUCUCACCCCAGGAAGAACCUCAUGCACAGGUUGUGGCCCUCUGGUCCUGUCAGAUUUUGGCACGGUGGUCCUGCCAGGUUGUGGCCCUGCAAUCCUAUCAGGUUGUGGCCCUGCAAUCCUAUCAGGUUGUGGCCCUGCAAUCCUGUCAGGUUGUGGCCCUUCAAUCUUAUCAGAUUCUGGCCCCUAUGCUUUCUGGCAUCUGCCAAAGAAACACAUACACAGUUUAAGAGUGCAGAGGAUUCUCCUCCACAACAGCGCCGUCGCUCUGUCCUGCGGUUCCAGCUGUCCACCACCAGCACCCAUUACACAACCGAGACCCCCAACACCCCAACCGAGAGCCACCUUGACCCCCUGGGCUUCUCCCUCCUCUUCAACCUGGAACUAGCGAUGGACAACCAGCCCAAUCAGCCCAACCACCAGCCUCUACUCCACGAAAGCGAGAGGCUGCUGCCACUGGAGUAUGGCCCCUGCAUAAAGGAAGAGGCCCUGGCCUCCCCACACAUCUCCUACAUGGGGGUGGAGGAAGAGGAGGAGAGGAUGUCUCAGGGAGGGGAUGGGGUGGAGGAAGGGUUAGCUCUCCUCCGCAGGCUUCCUGUGGAGUGUGCCAAUACUGGCUACUAAUGUUGGCUGACUUUAGGGUCAGGAGUUUUUCCCUGAUCAGGUCACAUGGUUGGGAAUGUGAUUUUCUCAGCAAAUGAAUAGCAGACCUAAGUCUGCCUGUAUCCAAUUCACAACUAGUUUGUACUUUGAAGUAUAAUGUAUGUUGAACCCGAUUAGUGAAGUCGACUCUCAUGUGCCGCAUGAGGCAGUAAGCACAAAAGCUCUCUUUCUGCUACGCUCUUCCAUUCUCACUCCAGGAUUGACAAUGACUGGAAGGAAUGAUGAUUAGGGUAGAGUCCCUCUUAGUCACGUCACAUAGUCAAAAUAAUUCCCUCAUGUCCCUUAUCAGCUGACUUCCAGGUAAAGUAGUACUUAUAUUAUAUUAUAUGUAUUUUAUGAAAUUGUAUAUGCAGCGCUUGAAAGAGACACUGGUCUCAAUGGUGACUCCCUGAUUAAAUAAAGGUAAAUAAUGUCCACAGGACAUGUAUUACACCUCAACUAGUUUAAUCAGAUUACGUUCAGGUAUUUGAUCGUGGGUAUUGUUCAUCAAGUGAGUGGCAGUCCUAUGAGUGGGGGGCUACCCGGCAGAGAUGAAAAUAUCAUCUUGAACGGAAAACUCCAUUCGCCCACUGGCAGUAGGAAUUCACAGCCUUGGGCACAAGAAAGGCAGCAAAUAGCAAGCAGGACAUUUUUUCCUAUCUGGUUACUAUCAGUGUUUGAUAGGAUCCUAAUAAACACCAUUAAUUUGUUAGCUGACUAGUAAUACCUUUGGAUUGAGACAAUGUUAAGCCUUUUCACCUUGACCAACUGUUUUGCUGAGGUUGAGUGGUACUUAGUUCAUUUAAAUAAAAGUAAUUAACAAA